AUGACGUCUAACCAUUUGGCUCUUAAAGUUGGAGAUAGUGAAAAGAGCACUGACGAAAGCAUUCAAAAGACGACAGUCCGCAGAGAUGUAAACGGAGAAACAAAUAAAACUUUUCCGGAAGAGAUUUUUCAAAAAAGACGUGGAACCACAAAUCUGGGUAUAGAAUACGAAGUUCUUGUUACCGCCAACAUCGCACUACAAUUGAUAAGCGACAAUAAAAUAAAAGACUUCCGUAUUUCGUCGAAUAAUGAAACUUUUGGUGAUUUCGACGACGUAGUUGUCGAAAUGGAGACAGAUCGGGGAAUCGAAAUAAAAGCACUCCAAUUAAAACAUGGCAAUAAAAAAAAGUACAUAACAAAAAAGAACUUAGAAAAAAGUAAAGACUACAACUUAACCAAAUAUUUCAAUUCUUUCCAAGAGACAAAGGACAAAGCAGACGUAUUUAUAUUAUUUACCAACAAUAAUAUUAACGAAGAUGAAUUUAAACCCCAAGGGGAAAAUUUUUGCUUGAAACCGAUCAAAGUAUCGAUGUCAGAAGAUAUCCUCGACACUUUGAAAAUUUCUGAAGAUAUAAAUUAUUAUUAUAAAUUUAAAAUUAUAGAAGAGAAAUCGACUGAACAAAAUCCUCAAACAAUUCAGCAAUAUCAAACAUUCUUGAAACAAUUUUAUUUCUAUACAGACCAAGAAGAUUUGGAAACUCUUAAAAAAUCAACAAUGGAAAGGUUUAUUAAGAUUUUUUGUUCUAACGAAGCCACUUUCAAACAAUACGUUAGUGUCAUUUCAAGCUGGAGUAUAAGAGCAGGAAAGAAAGAAAAACUAAGCAAAGAAAUGACGCAACGUGCGAUUGCACUUUGUCUGCUGUCUUCUCAGGUCGAACCUCAUGCAUCUAAUGGUCAAGUCACAGACAAAAUGGCAACCCUUCGAGAGGCUAUUCGUGUGUUCGCCAUUACGUUGUUGAAAGAAGAAAACAGUAAACUAGCUACAACAUUGUGGGCCAAUUGGAAAAAAAACAUUCAUCUGGAGGACUUAGAUAAAGCGCAUUCACGUUUUUCUGUUUUUUUUGAUUAUAUAAGCAGUUUAGAGGAUAUGGAUGCAAAAUCGAUAACACAAUUGCUUUGGCUGGCGGAGAAAUGUCCACUAAUAGUAAAAGAAUACAACACUAUUGGAAAAGCUGUUCAGCUGUGUAGGGAUGGAAAAUUUAUUUUACUUGGUGACGGAAAAUGGAAAGAAUGGAUGAAAGAUCUUUCGGUAUUUGAGAAAUUAUCGCAGUUAGAGGGAAAGCCUGAACUGUAUCAAAAAGUGCAACAAAAUUUUAAUAUUUUUCAGCAAGAAAUAGCAAAAUUAACCGUGAAUGAACUUUUAGAAAUAUCAAACGUACAACGGCAUCCAUCGACAUAA